AUGUCUGAUUUUUCCUCCAGUCAUGACUCUCCACCUUCUCCGGCGAUCGCCGGCGACUCAGUAACCACCGUGGCAAACGAUUCAUCACCAUCCGAUUCCAAUGCGAAAUGUCAAACAGCUAUACAAACCUUAGCCUCCAUCGUCACAACAACAAAUAUUCCUUCCACGAUCUCUCUCCUCCUCGAUGAUGACUCUGUCUCGGCCGCGAUUUCCUCUCUUCUCCACCGUCCCGAUUCAGGCGCCGGUGAUAAUAACCUCUGCCGUUGGCUUUACGACACCUUCCAAUCCACGGAACCAUCGCUCCAGCUUCUCGUCCUCCGUUUCGUUCCUCUGAUCGCUGGCCUCUACCUCUCCCGCGUCCCUCUCCGGCAACCACAAGCCGGAUUCGAAGCCGUCUUGCUCGCUCUAUACGCGCACGAGACAACCUCACGCGCCGGUCAGGCGAUAACGGUCAACAUUCCCGAUCUCUCUCACCCCAGCAUUUACCACGAAUCCAAAGGCCCCACGAAGAACAACUCAACGUGCCUCAACAUCGCCGUCAUCUCCUCCACGCUCGAUCCGCACGGUACGGUGAGAUCCACACGCCGCGCGAGGAUCGUCGGAGUCGCGCUGGAGCUUUACUACAGCAAAAUCUCGAGAAUGCCGCGCGAAUCCAAGCUCAAUUUCUGCGAAUCGUGCGAGAAAUGGGCGGGGCAAAACGGAGAGACGGAGCACUCACGAGCUGUGAUCCCUACGUUAAGCGACGAUUCGUGGAGAGACGAAGAGAACGUGGCCAUUGUAGGAAGAUCUGAGAGAGACAGCGGACGGAUUCCAUUGCCAUGGGAGCUUGUACAGCCAAUUUUGAGGAUCUUAGGGCACUGCCUCAUGGGGCUCAAAGGGGAAGACAGAGAAGUGGCGGAGGCGGCGAACAAAGCAUGUCAGAGUUUGUAUCUCCGAUCUCUGCACGAUAUUAACCCUAAGGCGAUUCUGGCUGCAGGGAGUCUUCUCCGGCUACGAGAGAUGGCUCUUGAUCCCAAAAACCAGAUCGAUCACACUGACAUAUCAAACGACACCGUUCUCUCCGUCUGA